GUAAAAGAUAAACAACAUGGGGGAAAGCUACGAGAAUUGGCACAUUUUUAUGCCUCCAACGCCCAAAGAGAGCCAACCCCGCCCGAAACUCCGAACCGGAGAAAGGGCUCGACGGAAAAAACCGGAAAGAUGGAAGCUUUAUCGACGACCGAAAACGGGAAUUGGAAUUUCCCUCUUUUUUCGUUUUGGUGGGUAGUCGCCAUUUCUACGAUUCUGAGUAAAUACAAGCAGAAAACAAGUGGGAAACGUCAUCAAACUCUCCUAAGCCUGGGAAAGCGACAAGGGGGAGAAGCAUUGACCCCCAGGAAGCGAAGAGGGAGAGCUUUACGAUUCUCUUUUUGCCGAUUCCUUGCAAGAGCAAAACAGGACAUGGCGGAGAACCGAAUGAAGCUCUUGUUUCGUAUUGUCCUCCUCAUGGGUCCUCCUUUUCCCCUCCAUCCCCUUCAUUGGUUGUAUAAAGUUCAUCUCUUUCUUCGACAUUCAGGGAUUCCUUUAUUUCAUUGGUACAGUUCGCCGGAAGCUUGGUAUUCAGAGGAAGUUUGGGGAAAAUGUCGGGGGAAGGAUGGGAGGUUGAAAGUUAUGAUAGUGGUGGUAGUGGUCGGAGGAGCAGCGGCAGCUCUAAUUGCAGCGGCGGCGCCGUGGCCGCGGCCGAAGAAGAGAAAGAGAAAGGAACUGUUGAGUACUUCGGGUGGGUGUAUCAUUUGGGUACGAGCUCAAUUGGGUAUGUGUAUUGUUUCCUGAGGUUUCUCGUCAUAAGGGGAAAGAUUGUGGAGAUGUUCAAGCGCGAUCCUCACCAGCAUCCUGGAAUUAGACCCAUCAGAAGGGGUGUGGUUGGGCCAACAUUUAUGGUGGAAGAUUUAGGGUGCAGAAGGGUUCAUCGUGGGGAUGUUUAUGUGUUGCGGUUUUACAACAGAUUGGACGAGACCAAAAAGGGAGAAAUUGCUUGUGCUUCAGCUGAAGAAGCUCGAAAAUGGAUGGAGGCAUUUGAUCGUGCAAAGCUACAGGUGGGGCAGUUGAUUUCACGCAAGGGAAGUGCUAGAAACAGGUUGAGCAUGGACACUGAGAUCAAUUUAGGUGGACGUCGACAUAGAGUACGGCGGUAUGCAACUGGAUUGAAACGACUUAUUAGUAUAAGUAGAGGUCCGGAAAAGCUUUUGUUGCAAUCAUCAAGUUUGGGCUCAAAGUUCAAGACAGAUGGAUAUUUUGAAGAGGAACGUGGAGAUGCAGUUGAAACGCAUGAAUGGAAAUGCAUUCGUACAAUAAAUGGUGUUCGCAUCUUAGAGGAUGUCUCCAAUAGCAAGGUUAAGAGUGCCAAAGGCGUUCUAGUGAAGGCUGUUGGUGUUAUCGAUGCAAGUGCUGACACUGUUUUCGAGGUGUUCCGUAACCUCGAUCGACAUCAAAGAUACGAGUGGGAUACACUGACAAGUGAUUUGGAGCUGUUAGAUUCUUGUGAUGGAAACUAUGAUGUUGUAUAUGGCACAUUUAAUCCAAAGAACCUGUCCCGGUGGAGCUCCAACCGAGAUUUUGUUUUUUCACGGCAAUGGUUUUAUGAGAGAGGAACCUACACAAUCUUGCAGUUUCCAGCUGUGCACAAGACACGACCCCCAAGAUCUGGAUUUCAAAGGAAGAAAAUAAACCCUUCUACCUGGGAGAUCAGAAGCUUGAACACGCCAAUGGGUUCUACAGCUGCAAAAUGUCUUGUGACAGAGAUGUUGGAGAUACAUCAAGCAGGGUGGAAUAGAUGGAAGCAAAACCUCAGUUCAAAGUUCGAAAGGACUAUUCCAUAUGCUUUGCUGUCUCAAGUUGCAGGCCUGAAAGAAUAUAUUGGGGCAAAUCCAGCACUUUGUGCAGUUCUCCCUUCAAGUAUUUCAGAUGUUUCUGAUACCUCGAGUGACCAAGAGGAUGAAGAUGUCGAGGAUCAGUUUUUCGAUGCAAACAACGGUGAAUCUUCGUCAGACGAAGAGGGUGUCAACGACAGCGAUCCAGUCAGUAAGACGUCUAUAGUGAAACUGAAGAAUGUUCUCUGGGCCAUCAGAUUCACUAACUUUGCCAAGAAGCAAACUUCAGGUUUAAUCAAUUAUAGGGAAUUGGAUCAAAGUGUACCUUCAGUGACCAUUGAUUCAAGUGUGUUUUCUGGUACUAUGCACAAAGGAAUGAAUAAAGGCUGUUGGGAUACUCCUGCUGACAUGGGUUUUUUGGUCAGAGGAAGGACUUACCUACAAGAUAAGAUCAAGGUGAUGGGAGGAGAUCCUCUUCUGAAGCUCAUUGCAGCUGAUUGGUUCAAAAGUGAGGAAACAAUAGAAUGGUUCAGUCUACAUCCUAAGUGUCUACUUCAGACAGAACUGGGGAAGAAGCUUCCUUUUGUGUUUGUCUUCAAUCUCCAGAUUCCGGCGAAACCAUGCCACAGCUUGAUUCUCUACUUUGCAGCAGAUAGGCCGAUAAAGGCAGGUUCAUUGUUGGAUAAAUUUGUGAACGGGACAGAUGCAUUCCGGAAUUCCAGAUUCAAAUUGAUUCCCAAUAUUGAGGGUUACUGGCUGGUAAAAAAAGCAGUAGGUAACAAAGCUUGCAUACUAUCCAAAACUGUAAACUGCAAGUACCGGAGACGAGACAAUUUCUUGGAGAUGGAUGCAGAUAUCGGGACAUCUGCCAUAGCAAGGAAAAUCAUUGGCAUGAGCUUUGGAUAUACGAGCUUCGUCGCUGAUCUUGCAAUUGUGAUAGAGGGACAAGAGGAGGAUGAGUUACCGGAGUAUCUUCUAGGGACGGUUCGGCUGCACCAUCUGGGGCCUGAUUAUUCAGUAACUUUGGAAACUUGAAGUUCCAUAAGUGGUUUGAUGAUCAUAUUCAUAUAUAUUCACAGAAAAAAACGACUCAAUUAAAACCCAUAUUCUAGUUUAACCAUGUAAUACUUUUUAUUACUAGUUUCUGACUCGUCCGUUUGUUAUCUGAGCUCUUUGUGGAGCCAAAAAAAAAAAAAAACUUGAGGCUUAAGUUAUUGUUCUUCCCGAAUCUGGAAUUGUAUUUGUUUGUAUACGUGUAUAUCAAAUCUUGUGUAUGAAGAAAAGCUGUGCUGCUGUAAUGUAAUGAAAAGAAACUCAUUUCUAUACCAGAAAGUCUUAAAACUCAUUUCUGUACUAGAAAUCUCUCGUUAUUGAUCGAUCAAUGUGUUUGAGUUGAUUGGAGUUGAGGAAGGAUGAUUUUAAGCUUGCCGGUGGAUGAACGUCGAUGAGCUAUCCGAUCGUGUUGAUUUUUUUGUUUCAGUUUGUUCAACCAUAAACACUCAUUUCACAUAUCACCAUCAUCCCCUGUGAAGUACUUUUCAGCAGGGUGGUUUCUGGUGGGUUGGACUUGGAUGCCAAUGGCUCGUGGUCGGGCUGGUUUUAUCUAGGUUUCACAAAUUCAUCCUUCCCAAUCCAGAGUGACAAUUCCAUCCCAUGGUGUCCACAUGAUUGAGUAAGGGUCACAUUCGAAAUUGUUCAUCAACUGUAUAGAUGAAGAUGGUCUUAUAACAGGGAAAUGCAAUUGUGCAGAACCUCUUGCAGCUGCAGAUAAAAAGCACUGCCAAGGAAUCCUCUUGAUGAAAUGUCGUCAAUCACUCCCUCCAUAAGAUAAAGAGAACCCAAUGAACAACAAAGGGUGUUUCAAAACAAGCUAAAUCUAACAAAACAAUGAAUGUCAAUAACCACAACGAAAAGGCAUCCUCAAAACAACAUGCAAAUUUGCAUUGCAUAGCGAGUUGAAGGUUUAUUGAAGACUGCAAAUUCAUAAAAAUUAAGCUCCUGAAGCCCCGCCAUUCUGCUAGAGCUGGAGCUCACUCCGCUAUAUAUGUAUCAUCCAACUAUUCUUGUGCAAUGACACUGAUUUCGCCCUUUUCCAGCAUGUCAUAGAACGAUCUCACUUUCCUCUGCUCGUUCCAGUGAUGCAUCUUCCAGAAACCACCAGCAACCAACCCCAGCGCCAUCCCGAUCACUAUCUCCUUCAUCACGCUCGGUCCUUUCAACACCGGGUGAGGAAUCCUGCCAGCCAUUUCUGCAAAACAAACAGCAAAAGUUCCCAGCUUUUGUUUCUCAGCUACCAAACACCAACUCAAAAGAACUUGCAGCUGCAGUACCAAGAACACAUCUUGUAAGGAGAACACAACAAUAUCGAUAACGAAGGAAAUCACAAAUCCGAAACAGUGCGCUUUUGGUUCGAUUCGAUGUAUUUGAAGAUCAAUUUCCCUUCUUUCCUAGCAUUCACGUAUUCGGGAAUCGGGAUUGAAUCAUUUUGCAUUCGAUUUUCAAAUACAGCGGAUCAGACGACCCAUCAGAUUAGGUGAAACCAGGAAUUGUUAGGACAGAAAAAUACAGCAGCUGGGAUAAAAUUGUGAGAGCUCGUCCAGUCAUCGCAAUGGUAAAACGACGGCGACCAUCGUACAUAGACAAAGAUUAGAUGCAUCAUCGGGUGCUAAUAAGAUUCAAUUCAAACAAUCGAGGCUAAUAAGAUUCAAUCAUUGCCCAGGGAAAUCUGACAUAGAAAUGGGAGAAAUCUGAAUCGCAAGAACGAAUUAGAGAUGGUAAAAAAGAGCCUGCGUUACCUUGAGAGAACGACGACGACGACGACGACGGGGAAUCUCCGGCGAACUAGGAAAAAAGAAAACAAGCGAGGCUCUCUGCGUUACUCUCUCUUCGUCCGCUUGACUUGUAUAUGCUUCCGUUUCCCAUUGGAGAUGAGCUGAGUGGAUUGGGCCGAGGGAAGGGCUAGACAGAGGCAACGCGGCCCAAAAUAAAUUUAUUUUCUAGGA